AUGUCGCAAGUCAUCGGGGAGACGACUUUGUUAUCUUUACCCAUCGAGCUUCGCUUGGAGAUCGUCGGAUACGCACUGGAACAGCCCGACGCGGGACUCAUACGGACGCUCACGGCGAGGAAGACGCGUCGCUUCACGAUCGAUGAGGGAUACAAGCCUAGUACCAAUCUUUCCAUACGGUUGGUAUGCCGCCAGUUCUACACCGAGUUCAGUCGCAUUGCCAUUCAGAAGACUCUCCUCGUACUUUCUAAAGACUCUACAUUGGUUGCCAAUCAGCAGCCCGAUGAGUUUCUACGCGACGUGAAGAAACUGAGAUUCUGUUGCAACCACGAAGAUAUCACGGAAUGGCAGGAGUACGUGUUGAACAAGCAAUGCAUGCACCUCGACGAGCUGGACCUUGUGAUCUCGCUUGAUGGCUCUGCCAACCGGAAAGCCCUCAUAGGCUUGUUCAGACGCUUGCGGAACGUUAAACAAGUCAAGCUUCUCUUCCCGGACCCUCAUGAAUGUAUUCAACUAAUCGGCGAGCUGCUCAAAGAAGACCAUUUCCAGAGAUACGAUGCACCGAACGCUCCUAACUUGGAGUCCACUUGGUGGAAAUGGAAUUAUGACGUUGACUCCAGUUGGGCUGUUUUCGUCGCUCAAGAGCCUAAGCCAAUCAUGGCGGAAGAAGACUACAUGCUGCUGAUGAAGCCGGAGGUCGACUACAUCAUGAACUAUAUGGUGGAGGCUUACUCUGAGUUCUCGUGCUCAGUCUCUUGA